CCCGCGUAUACCCAAACUGUUUCGACAUCGCAAACACUCUCCUUCCGCACGAUUAGCAGUGCUCACGUGAAUGGGAGCUAACAUAAAGCUUGAGUCAUCGCCUCGGUCAGCUGGCUUUUUUUGCACAUCGUACGUCUUCUAAGUCCCUCACAGACUAUAAACCACUGCAGGUUCAUAUGCUCAUUUGGAUUCUUCAGAUUUUCUUCCGGAUUCGGUGAACGCUAGGAUCGGUGUUGCUAAAAUGGCGUCUACACAUCAGAUAACGUGGCUCAUCCUUGUCUUCCUUCUUGUAGGAGGUCUUGUACAUGGUCAGGAUCAGGAGAGCCAGGAGGAGGCCGAGGGUGAUGCUGUCCGGCCAGGCCUGCCUCAGAUACUGAGACCUAAGCAACAACGGAAACCUGCCGCACAGGGUGCAGGAGGAGGAGGCGAUGGUGAUGUGGAGAGUAACGAGGGAGGUGGUUUGGCCCAAGAGGCUGCAGCCGAGCAGGCGGAAGCUGAUGAGGAGGCUGAGCAGGAGGCUGCGGAACAGGCCGCAGAGCAAGCGGAGGCAGACUCGGAAGCAGCCGAAGAUGCUGCUGAGGCUGCGCAGGAAGCUGCAGAGCAGACCGCAGAGCAGUCGGAGGCGGCCGAGGAUGCAGCCGAAGCAGCCGCGGAGGCAGCCGAAGCAGCUGCAGAGGCAGCCGAAGAUGCUGCGGAGGCUGCCGCCGAGGCUGCGGAGGAUGCCGCAGAGGCCGCUGGAGAGGCCGGAGAAGGUGAGGAGACCGGAGGUGAGGGCCCUGGGCUGCCGCCUGGAACACCAGUUGUUGGUUCUGGAAAUAAUAACAAUCCAAAUUCACCCUUCUUCAAUGUAAAUGGCGGGCAACAGGUGAAUCAAGUAGGAGGUGCUCAGAUGGGCGGUGAUGCUGGGGAAAGUGGCGAGGAAACAGAAGGUGGAUCGAUGGCAGGCGAACAGGCAGCGGGUGGCACCACAGAGAGCGGUGAGCAGGGUACCGUGAUCGGACAGCAAGGAACCGGUGAUGCAGAAAGCACCGAGGAGGCUGAUGCGGAGGACUCUGUUGGACCGCUAAUAUCAUCCCCAUCAUCAGACGCUGAUGUCGAAGAAAGUUAUCUCUCCAAUAGCGUAAGCAUUACGGGUGAGGAAGAUGGCCCAGAAACUGAUGGCAGCCCCAUCGAAACCGACCAGGACUUGCCUGAUGGCAGCCCCAUCGAAACCGACCAGGACGCCUCUAGCUUUCAGAAGCCCAACCUGCCCGUCGGUCCUCUCUUUGAUAAGGCUAAGCAGGUCUCGUCAUCCGGCACGACGCCCACACCAGCUUCCCCAGAGCCUACCGACCCAGCCGGAGAGAAACCAGGGGAAGAGGAAGGAUUGAGUGACUCCUACAAGAAACGAAUCGCUAUCUCUGGGGCUGCUGUUGGGUCUAUAGUUUUGGUGGGGGUGAUAGCAGUUGUGAUUGGUAGAAGGGUAACCAGGAGGUAAAUAACUAAAUAACAACAAUAUCAUUCAGACAACUUAUUCCCCCUUUUGGUAUACUAGGAGUACAUCUGCAUUUAACAAAAGACUACGAAGUCACUGGAUGACUUUCUGGGCCGUAUACUGGAUUUCAUAAUCACGAAAACAAUAUUUACACCUGCAAGUGGUUUUUUUUUUUUUUGACAAUGGCGUCAGACCCACCUGUCCUUGUUUUCCAAGUGUACUUACACAAUCUUUCUUAUGAUUUCUCGAGAACAACACCAUUUUGAUGUUGCUUAGGCCUAGUAUGCAUAGCCCUCAGCUUUUAUUUAAUUUUUUUUUGAGGGGGGGGGUCAUUCCCACCAUACAAAACUUUGAAACCCUCUUAUAUGCAUCAGAAUUAAAUCCUACCUUUCAAAACAAAUUUGAUGAAAUGAACAUUUGAAUAACAAUGACAGGAAACAUGCGCCAUUCAAAAAUAUCAUUUGAAAUCUUCUACCGACAUCAAAGAGAAUGGAUUAUGAUUUCUGUUCAAACUCUCUGCUAUUCUUGACGCAAGUUCUGUUUUUUGCAGUGUAGUCUUUAACAUUUUCGCGUAUUCAUUAAGAAUCGACGGCACUAGACGCUGCCCCGAGUGCAUUAAUGCAUGCUUAUUUAUAUAAUAUGUAGUGUCACGUAUAAUUUAACCUCAUUCAAGAACAAAAUUGUCAUGUACUUUGAAUACUAUGAUGAGCUGUGUUUUUCUAACUUUGUUCAAUAAAUAAGAACGUCACAGUGAAAUAUUUUGAAG